CCGUGGUGGCGGUUUCGGGGCCGAGCUCGGCCAUAUUUCCUCUCGUGGUCCCGCAGGCAAGAGGGAAAAGAGGUGGUGCUGCUCCAACGAAGAAAAUUUCCAAGGAGGCGAUGAUCGGGUCGCGCGCGCGCGUCUCGUAACCGAUCGUCGUGCAGUGGUGGUAGUGCAAGUGCGGUAAAUUCAGGAGCCGAGAGCUACGACCGACCGGACCGAGGAUGUCCAAGGGAAGCGGCAGCAAUCCGGCCGGCAGGCGGCCGUCCUCGUCCUCGUCGUCGUCGUCGUCGUCGCGCAAUGCGAAGCCCUACGACGCGAACAACUCAUUUGUAAGAAAAUGGCGACAAAGGUAACAGAUUUUAUACCACAAUCAUCAUGGAUUAGUAAGUGGUUUAAUCCUCUCCAAAGUAAUGAGGAUGCAUUAGAGAGUAGAGAGAAUAUCGAGGAAACAGAAGAUGAUACACAACAGCCUCCUAACAAGCGAUCACGUAUUUGUAUGGAUACUAUUCAUCCACCUGGCACAUUUUCUAUACAAACAAGAACUAAAAGUGCAUUAAAUACGAUUGAACCCUCUAAGGAAUAUUCUAUUCAUGAUGAGAGGGAAGAUUUUUCGGAACUUGCAACAGCUGGACCAAGUGGGAUAGGCCAUUUAAUAUCUUCGACUCCUGCAAUGCAAGCAGAUAUUAGGACUGUAACAUCUCACAAAUCUGACUUAAAUUUAACUUCAUCGAUUAAUAAUGGAAUAAUAAAUGGAAUUGAUGAUAAUUCAGAGUCGAGUGAAAGUACUAGUGGAUGCAGUUCGCUUAUUCCACAAAUAAAUAGACAUGAAGGCCCAUCAAAUUUAUACAAUUCAACAUUUCCCAGUAGAAAGAGACAUAUUGAUGAUAAAUUAACAUUUACUAAUCAUUUACAAUCUCCAAGAUCCUUGUUUCUAGACAGUAGUUCUCGCGAUACUUUAAGCAGUCGUAGACCGAGUUUCAAUGCAUCAGUUGUGACAAAUGUUCUAGAUCGCGCAUCUCCCCUGUCCUCACCUUUUUAUAGUGGUAAUAUUACUUAUGGAGGUGCAAAUGCGGCAGGUUUUUACAAGCAAAGUCGUAAUCUUUUUAAUAAUUCGAGUGAGUUACAACUUAAAGUACCAAGAAGAACGAAUAUUGAAGUUAAACCUUCCAAUACAGUUGAUUCAUCAGGUAUAAGUCAAACUGCGAAAAAAAUACUGGAAGCAUUAGAACAUUUCUCAUCACCUAUAUCUGAUGCGAAGAAGAUUCCAUUAAAAAACACAAAUAAUGCUUCAUCUCCAAUAAUGGGUAGAAAAAGACUACGAGAAGAAGUAGCGAGCCCAUCUCUUAGGAUCGGCAUGCGUCAUUUAACGCGAGAAUUAACAGUACCAACCGUUCCUGAUAUAUUGAAACUAAGAAGACGUCAAAAAUUGCAAGAUACAACUCUCGCAGCUAGAAAAAUCGUUUCUUCUCGCAGCGAUCCUCCUCCGCCAUCACAAGAAUAUCGGUUGAGGAUGGGUGAUGCCGAUAAUGAAAAAUAUCGUGGCAAGCUGAAAGGCAAAUCUAAAAUAAAUUUAGAACAAGAAGAAACAGUGGCACCUGUAAAUUUGCCGAAUGUACCUCUGCCAAUAACAACAUUACCCAAUUUCAAUUUUACGUUACUUUCCUGCUUUACAUUCUGCAGAAAAACUAUAGCAAAUAAAGAAAACACGUUUACGUUUUCUAGCCCAAUUAAAAUGCCAGAUAUUGAGAAAAAUUUACAAUCUGUUAACAAUUUUACUUUCAGUAAUCCAAUCAAUGCCGAUGACAGCACAAGUAAGAUAAUCGAUUCGAAUUUGUGUUCAAUAACUGAGAAUGUUGAGUCUACUGUAUUCUCCUCCACUGGUAGUACGACCACGUCUAUGCCGAAUUUUAUCUGGUCUGGCUCAUCUACAGCGCCUAGAUUAAAAAAAAUAAAAAACAUAAAUAAGGAUGAUUUUGUUGAACCUGCGACAGCGCAUGAACAAAAAUCGGGAAGUGUUAUGAAUGUAUUGUACUCUAAAUCUAACAAAAUGGAAUCUACUUUAACCGGACAGUCAAACUCAGGAUUGGUUUCCGAAAUGAUAUAUGCAGAUAAGAGUGCUAGUUCAGAUAUCAAAAACACACACGAUAUCACAUUGUCUUGGGAGUGUAGUGAAUGUCUGAUCAAGAACAGUGGUACAGACAAACAGUGUACUGCGUGUAAAUCCGCUCUACCAGAUCCUAACGACAAAACUUCAACAUCAACAUGCUCAACAUCAACGAUAGAUACCAUCGUAAAGGCGAAACCGGUCGCAGACGAUUGUUUCGGCUCUCAAUUUAAAUUAUCUGCGAAUCAAUGGGAGUGUACAGUAUGUUGUGUAAGAAACAAGCAGAGUGAAGUCAAAUGCGUAGCAUGCUAUGCGUCAAAACCAGAAAGUAAUUCUGCGACACAGCAAAUUGUCAAGUCUCAAACUUGUGAUUUAAUGGAGAAGUUUAAGCCUGCUGAAGGAUCAUGGGAAUGUCAUGGUUGCUUACUAAGAAAUGCCGCGAACAUUAUUACAUGUCCGUGUUGUAAUGCAUCUAAACCUACUUCCAUAAAAACAAAUUUGAAGAAGACAGAAACUGUUACAGAAUCGUUCUUACAAAAAUCGAGCACUACUGAGACAGACAAGAUGACAACACAAGAAACAACAUCUUAUAAUUAUCAAAUAAUGAAUAAAUCACCUAAACCUAUUUCCAUAAAAACAAGCCCAAGGAAGACAAAUACUAUUACUGUAGAAUCAUCGCCACAGAAGUUGAGCACUGCUGAUACAGAUAACACAGCAGCAAUACAAGAAACAACAUCGAGUAACGAAUUAAUGAACAAAUUUAAACCAAGUCAAGAUUCCUGGGAGUGUUCAGGGUGCCUUGUGAGAAACAACAACUCUGUAACUAUUUGUCCUUGCUGUAGUACUUCUAAACCCAAUUCUCUUGGUGGAUCGAGCAACACAAAUCAGACACCGACUAAUGGAUUUGGAGACAAAUUUAAAAAGCCGGAAGGUUCGUGGACUUGUGAUUCUUGCUUGGUACAAAAUGAUGCAAAUCAUACACAAUGUGUGGCUUGCCAAGCUUUAAAGCCUGGUACUGCAAAAUCAAACGAACCUGCAUCGAGCAUUACUAGUUCUACUUUGCAGUUUAAGUUUGGUGUACCAUCUGGUGCAUCAAACUUAGUUAAUCCAAGUGGCUUUAAAUUCGGUAUAGAUAAGGCUGAUAAUAAUUCUAAGUCUGAUACUGCAUCCCCCUUAAAUGGAUUCAAAUUUGGUAAUGCGCAGCAAGUAACGUGUAACACUUCCACGAAUGCAACGACUACUUGUCUUCCAACUUUUGCUCAACCUACUUUCACAUUUUCCGAUUCAAAGACAGCGCCUCAGUCAACAAUACCAACUUUUGGCCAAGUUCCGACAUCAUCUGCCGCAUUAUCUACGAAUCUAUCGUUUGGAGAAAACAAGCUAGCUGAAGCAUCCACUCCGUCAUCCAACAAAUCCGCAAAUGAUGCGCCAGCUACUACGCUCUUCCCGAUCAUAUCGAGUUCCACGUCGCUUUUCAACAGUAAUGAAUCGAAAACGACGAUAGCAUUCGGCACGGAUAAAUCGUCGGCAUUUACAACGGACAGCAGCAAGCCCUCAGGAUUUGCCAUACCCGAGAAAAUCCCAACAUUUGGCAGUAAUACGCAAGAUAAUAAACCAACAAUCUUCGGGACACCAGAAGCGAAAUUGCCCAUUAUAUUUAAUUCACCCACAGUGAGUCCUCUACCGACAUUUGGCAUACCGUCCAGUAGCAGCACUACUCCGUCGCUCUUCGGAUCAUCCACUAAUUCUACUGCUUUUGGAAACAACGCUACACCUGCUUUCGGUGAAACCGCAACGACGCCUACCACUUUAUUCUCGUCUAUCAAGCCCAGUGUCGAAGCUAAUCCAGCGUCGAAUUCUUCUUUAUUUAAGUUUGGCUCAGCAUCAACGCAGCAACCGGCGACAGGCAGUGGAUUUAACUUUUCCGCGAACGUUAAUCCGGCUUCAUCGUCUACAAAACCGCUCUUCACAUUUGGUAACAAUCCGAACGCACCGCCGAAUAGUAACAAUAUGUUCAGUAGUGGUACAUUCGGGGCUAAUGCUGCUUCAACCAGUCAGAACACUAGUGCCAGUUUUGCGUUUAAUGCACCUAAACAAGAAACACCGGUGGCAUUCGGUGUUCAAGGUGCGGCAACGACUCCAAUGUUCGGUGCCCCGCAGACAAAUCCACAGACUCAAGCAACCUCACCAUCGUUCUCGUCUAUCCCUUCGUCCAGUACAGGAUUCAAUUUUGCAUCUGCAGCUUCACCCGCUGCAGCAUCAGGAGGCUUUAACUUUGGAAUGUCGUCUACAUCUACGCCAACCGGAGGAUUUAACUUUAAUCCUCCUAGUACUCCCAUAGUUUUCGAUCCCCACAGUCGGCCUUCAUUCAACUUCACCAAAGGAAGCGCGCCGACAUCAUUCAACGCUCCACCCCAAUCGGCAUCAACAUCACGGAAAAUCAAAAAAGCAUUUCGAAGAUGCGUGCGGUAGAGAGCAUGUGACAUAUAACGUUCACGCAUACACUCAGGUGCGUCCUUAUAUAUCCAUCUGUAUAUCUAGGUAUGUCCCUGUAUGUAUGUUAAGCGUUAUACAAUAUAUAAAAUGAAUUUCUGUCAUACAUCAAUCACAUCAGUGUGGUGGUAUAUACCAAGCAUCUUUGUAAUAUAGUAACCCAAAGCUAAUCCCCGAAUAUGCUUGCGUACAACCACUUGUGUUCUCUCUACAGAAAAAGAAAUGUAAAUUAUAAAUUAUUUAAAUUAUACAGUAAUAAUGAAAAUAAUACCCUGGAGUUGGCAUGAAGCCAGUGAAAAUCGUGAUGCCUUUGCAUUACUAAGACCUUACCAAAAAAAAAAAAGAAAAAAGAAAAAAAGAGAAAUCA